GCGAAAGCAAAAAUGGCGUCUCCUGCGCGGGGCAACCACGUGUGGGUCGGAUCUGAAACGGGUCUCCUAAAAGGGAUCAACUUGCAGAAGAAACAGGCCACAAACUAUAAGUUGGGGGACACGGUGCUCGGCCGCCAUGAUGCUGUCACGGCCAUGUGUUGGGCAGAUCCCUAUGAGUCUGAGGUCUUUGUGGGAUGCCUUGACGGAUCAGUCAGAUUGUUUAGUACCGAGAAGGGCAAGUUUACGGAGACCCGAGACUGUGUAGGAGGAGAGGGACCCUUCUGUGGUUUGGCUUGGCUUGACAACUCCCUCAUCACCUGUGUUGAAUCCGGCUUGCUGAAGGUCUGGCGGGAUGCCGCCUCAGAAAACGUGGAGAUCCAGGUGGGCUCUGGUGUGUGCCGUAUGCGCCAGAACGCUGAGCAGCCUCAUCGCGUGGCCACAGGUGGCAAGGAGAACUGUCUCAAGGUGUGGGACCUACACCAACCGCAGGAGCCCAUUUUCCGAGCCAAAAACGUACGGAAUGAUUGGCUUGACCUAAGGGUGCCUGUCUGGGACCGGGACAUGCAGUUCUUGCCUGGAUCGGAAAAAAUUGUUACCUGUACUGGACACCACCAGGUCCGGCUGUAUGAUCCCAGCUCACCACAACGCCGCCCUGUGCUAGAGGUCGCCUUUGGCGAUUACCCGCUCACCGCCCUCUCGUUGACUUCUGAUGCAAAUGCUGUUGUAGUUGGCAGCUCGCACGGGGAUGUGGCGGUCAUAGAUCUACGGCAAGGGCGGUUAGUGAAGUGCCUCAAGGGCUUUGCUGGGAGUGUCCGUGCCAUCCAGUGCCACCCAGUGCUUCCUCUUGUGGCCUCGUGCGGGCUGGACCGCUUCCUUCGGGUGCACAACCUUCACCACAAGCAUUUGGAGCAUAAGGUUUAUCUGAAAUCCCGAUUGAAUUGUCUGCUGAUGACCAGCCGAGAGAAAUGGGAGGAUGAGAGCCUCGACCCUUCUGCUGAUCUCCAGAGUGAUGUGAAGGAGGAAGAUGACGAUGAGAUCUGGAACUCCAUGGAAGUGGUGGCCACCAAGCGGAAAACAGAACCACAGCUGUGCUCUGUUGGAGGGCAUACAGAGCCCCAAAAGGUCAAGGGCCUCAAAAAGCGGAAGAAAAUUAAGAAAGCUGAAUCAUGAUAGCGGGAGAUCUCUGCCACCUUAAUAAAGAGAUAGAGAGUUCCUGGAUCUUUGAUUUGGAUGACACUUGUGUUGGUCGAGGAACUAGAAACAAGAAAAGGUUCCCAGCUGCUCUUCAGGACAACCUUUUUACUCCUAUACCAGCUCACCUUUGAACAAAGGGGAUGGAAUGGCAAUAAUUUGAAGUUUCAUUUCCAGGAACUUAUGGGAAGAACUUUGGGCCGGGGCAUUGGGGGAGAGAGAGAGGUGACAUUUUCCUUAAUUUCCCUGCUCUGUUGUCACUUUGGCUGCUGUGCAGCUCUGCCGAAUUAAUUUGAUUAAAGAUGCCUUCUGCAAUAUGUUCUGUACCUUGGCUUCUUUUGGGGGGCUUU